AUGUUGUCAACCAGAGAUCCUUAUCCUUUUCCUAAACUUCAAAAUGAUGAUAAUUUUUAUGGAACAAGAGUAGGACAGGUGGAACCUUAUGGUCAACCAACACAUGUUGCUCAGAAAGCUGACCCAUGGAAUAGAUUGAACUCAACACAAACUUUAUGUAGUUCACGCAGAGAAAUCUACCAUCAUGAUCCAGCAGCACCAAGAGAUAGUUUAGAUUUUGUUUUAAAAACACAAUAUGAUCAUCAUGCAGAGUUCUUAAGAAAUAAAAACGAAACUUUAUUACAACCAGAAACUCUCAAUUUAGAUCAUGGUCGAGUUUUAAAGAACCGUGAAGAGAUUAUACCAAAAGAACCUAUGUAUAUGAAUCAUCCUCUUUCAAUAACAGAACAAGUUAAACGAGAAAGCAUUCACAGUGUUAAAAAUGCAAUAGAUAGUCCACACAGUGCUGGAACCAAUGGUGGAUAUUCUCGAAAACAUGAUGGUGGAUUCUACAGUAUUUGA